AUGCAUUGGAAGCCUUUCGAGGAUUUAUUCAUAUUCACAGUCAAGUAUGAAAAUAAAUCUAUGCUCACGAAACGAACAGUUCUCUCAGUCGUUGCCAGACUCUACGACCCCUUGGGUCUGCUGGGACCAGUUAUCUCUAAAAUGAAGAUUUUUCUCCAAAAAUUGUGGUUGCAAAAACAUACAUUUGACGACCCCCUUCCUCCAGCCAUUGGUAAAGAGUGGAGUCAUUUAGUUCAAUCCCUUAGGGCUCUUGAGCUAGUAAAGAUUCCGAGAGGGAUUUUAAAUGAAAAUCCUGUAAAAUUAAUUCUUUAUUGUUUCUCAGACGCGAGUGAAGCCGCAUAUGGAGCAGUUAUUUAUCUACAGUGCAUCAGUGCCAAUGAUAUAGUCACAUCUAGACUUGUAUGCAGCAAAUCUCGAGUCUCCCCAUUAAAGACUGUCUCCAUUCCCAGAUUGGAACUUUGUGGAUGUCUUCUCGCCGCUCAACUAAAGGCCAAGGAUGAAAAAGCUUUACAUCUACAAAUUGAUAGCGCAGUGAUGUACACAGAUUCUACUAUUUCCCUAGCCUGGAUUCAAACACCACCACAUCGUCUCAAGACAUUUGUUGCAAAUAGAGUGGGAAAAAUACAACAACUGAUGCAGAACAACAAAUGGCAGCAUGUUUCCUCCACUUUAAAUCCCGCAGAUGUGAUAUCAAGAGGACUAGUUCCAGAACAACUGAUUGACAACUAUUUAUGGUGGAAUGGACCAACUUUCCUUCAAGAACUACCUGUUUCUGUGAACUGUGCUGACCAACAAAUGAUUGAUGCAUAUCAGGAUUCUCAAUUUUUAUUGGAACUCAAGGACAAUACCACUCACACCUUAGUGACUUUAAAUUCAGAUUUCCUUACUAACUUUUUCAAAAUUAGUAAUAAGUAUAACAAAUUAAUACGUGUUUUCAGUUUUCUCCUCAGAUUUCUAGGAAACUGCAGAAACAAGAAGAUGAAGGGUUCACUUUCCUCAAAGGAAAUCGAGGAAGCAGAUUUUAAAUUAGUUUCCCUUGUACAACAAAAUGUUCUUGCUGAUGACUUCAAAAACUUAGCAAGUGGUAAACAGGUAAACCCUUCUAGCAAAUUGAAAGGUUUAUCACCUUUUUUAGAUGAAGGCUCUAAUGUAAUUAGAAUAGGAGGCAGACUUAGAAAUGCCGACAUACCAUUUCAGGUAAAAUUUCCUAUUAUCUUACCUAAAACUCAUAUCCUUACUAAAUUAAUUAUGCAAAGUAUGCAUCUUAAAAAUUGUCAUAUUGGAGCCCAAACUUUACUUCAUUUAACUAGACAGAUGUAUUGGCCUAUUGGGGGCAGAGAUAUAGCUCGCAGUAUUGUUCAUAACUGUAUUACUUGUUCCCGAUAUAAUCCUCACCUGUCUAUUCAAAAAAUGGGUGAUUUACCCGCAGAACGUUGUAAUCCUUCGUUACCAUUCAAUAUUACUGGAGUAGAUUUCUGUGACUCCCGGGGGACACCUCGAAAGGAGGAUGAGAUGCUUACGGUAUUGUGGUUGGAUCUCGCCACCCUGGACGGUACACAAAAAGGAGGUGGAUCUGUCUCCUCCGAUGGAUUCGGAAAGAGUUGUAACUUGGCCGGUGAUGACCCUUAG